AUGUCCACUAAUGCCGAGAUUUCGUCUCCUGAAGGACUCGAGGGUGAGGGCGACAGUCCCCAGGCCAAAAGACAGCGCGUUAGUCAGGCGUGUGGGCCAUGCAGGUCAAGGAAAACUCGCUGCGAUGGAAGAAAACCGAUUUGCGUAGCGUGCGAAGAACGAGGCGUUGCUAGUCAGUGCGAUUACACCUAUGUUCGGCGCCAGAGGAGCCGUCCUUCUCAAGGCAGCGAGAAGAAGCGGCAAGGUGAUCGAAUAUCUUCAUCCGAUCCGGCAAUACGACGAGACGCGGCACAAGCACUGUCCGAUCUGGGCAGCAUCAAGCAGUCGAACGGUAAUGACCAUGUACCAAGCAAUUCCCAGAUGCCAUACGUACUACCCAACCCGGCACAGCUAUUGACAACCAAGGAGGGAGCUCCGAGCCAGGGCAUUCCUGUGCAGAAUCGCGAAUGGCACCCUGGACGGGCAGAUGGGCUCGCCACAAUUGCCGCAAGCGGCGAUGACUCGCUAUAUGGGCCUUCUUCAACUGUGGCCUUUUUACGAUCUGUCAAGGAAGCUCAAAACAGUGGCUCCCCGACACCCCUCCAAGCUAAUACACGAGAUACCUACAAUGAUCCCAGGAGUUUCGCUCCUGUAGCGCCUAUACCAGACCGCCUGACACGCGCGAAUGAUGGAGGCGUGGCUGUUCUUCCAAUCAGGCGACAGGCGGACAACUUUCUGCUGUGUUUUUGGGAGUUCGUGCACCCUCUCUUUCCUGUCUUGCAUCGACCAACCUUCCUGCGGCAAUACGAACGUCUAUGGGUCGAAAAUGCCGAUGCGCAUCCGGAAUUUUCUUCAGAGGCCGAAGAAGCAACGUUCACGUCGAUCUUGAAUCUGGUGUUUGCGAUCGGCUGCAAGUUCUCCAGCCUCAUUGAAGCUGCGCAGAAAAGUAACGUUGCCAAUGGAUUCUAUCAGAGAUCUCGUCAAGCAUAUCCGUUCGAUAUCCUGGACUCCACAAGUGUCUCUCUCGUGCAGAUGCUAGUACUUACCGGCGUGUAUUUGCAAUCCACCGAAUAUGCUAGCCGAUGCUGGAACUCGGUGGGCCUGGCCAUUCGUAUGGCAAUGAGUCUGGGGUUGCACGUUGAUAAUAGUACACGGAAGCUUGGAAGUCAGGUCGAACGGGAGAUGCGCCGUCGAAUUUGGCAUACGUGCGUCAAUCUAGACAGACUACUUGCCAUGACUUUUGGACGCCCUUCCAUGAUUGAUAAUUCCCACUCAAUCCCCAUACCGGCGAUGAUUGAUGACGAGUACCUGAGCGACCGAGGAGAGUCUGGGCAGCCAGCCGGCAUCCAUUCGAGGCUCGGACUGUUUGUCUUUUCCUGCAAGCUUUUUGACAUUCUGGAAGAAAUACUAGAGUUGUUCUACAGGGACUCCGGAUCUCAGAAGUCGGGCAAUGGCGUGAGCAACGUCGCUGAGAUUGUGACGCCCGUACUUGACUUCAAUCGACGGCUGGACAGCUUUCUAGAGAGUGUUCCAGACCACCUUCGAAUGCCAGGUCCUGGACAGGCCAUGGUAUCCGCAGACUAUGUCCAGCUUCAACAACAAGUACUAUAUUGCCGAUUCCUCUAUGUCAGAUUGCUGUCGCUUCGGCCUCUGUUGUUGAUGGCCACCACCAAGCGGGAAUCCAGACUCUCAAGCAUUUCUCACUUGGAUGACCAAGUUAUUCGAAGCUGCUGCAACAGUUGCGUUUCGACCGCAGGUCGGCUAAUCGAUACUCUGUAUGACCACCUAGGAACGCUAUAUCGAAGCWCCGGAUGGCACUCUGUUUAUUUCACAUUUGCCGCUGCCAUUGUGCUCCUGGCUUACUCGAAGAUCGACGACUAUCGACCGGAGGCGGAUGUCAGCGACAUGGGAACAGCGUGGAGUCGCUGUCUAUCCAUUUUGGAAUACUACGAGGAUCAGAUCCCCUCUGCGAAUCACGCAAUGCAAAUUCUCAACUCAAUGAAGAACCAGGUCUUGGAGACUGCCCGUGGGCAAGUCUCUGCGCGUGCACAGGGGCAGUCAAUGCAUCCCUCCCAAGUGUCAGAUGCCGGGCAAAACGGCACUGGCACUGGCACUGGUUCUGCAACCACACCACUCAACCUGAGUCUUGAAGAUGGCGACUUCUUUGGGGCCGAAAAUUUAACGGAGGCGUGGUACGGUCAGCAGUUGAUCAACUUGGAUUGGCUGGAUUUUCCGCAGCAGUAG